AUGCCUCUGAGGGCCCUCCGACCGAACCGCAGCGACCGAGACCUCAAGCGCCGCAGCACCCUCGAUCCCGCCGGCUUCUUCAAGCGCGGCGACCGGGACUCGCGCUUCCUCCAGUCCACCGAGCACCUGGACGUCGACCGCCUGGGCGUCUCUGAAGAUGGCGGCCGUCCCCCCUCGACCGACUUUGCGCGGCCCUCGUUGUCCCUCCACAAUGACGAGCCCCCCUCGCCGCCCGUCCAGCAGGCCACUCCCAACACGCGCCGCUUCAGCUUGAUGCGCUUCCGCCAUGCCUCGGAUUCGCAGCUGUCCGUCAAGGCGAAGGAGCAUGCCGCCCGCGAGAGCGAGCGCCCCCCGCCUGUGCCCGCCAUGCCCGCCCACCCAGAGCGUAUGUCUUGGAGCCCUGAGUUGUGUUCCCUCCCGCCAUCAUCACCACCGCACCCACCGUCAUGGACGGCCGAGCCGGACCAGGACCAGACCACUCCCAAGCGGCGAGGGAGGCUGCAGCAAUUCAGCCUGCGACGACGGUCCUUUGACCCCACCAUGGGCGAGCGCCCGGGCAUCUUGCGCAAGUCGACGGAUAAGAAGAGGGGGCCGUUGGGGUUCAAGAAGAGCCAGGGCAACUUGCUGCAAGAAAAUGAGCGCCUGUCCACAAGCCAGCAGCGCCCGGAGGCUCUUGCCGAACCCAGGGAAUCCGUGGAAAGCACCACCACUUUGGCCCUUCCCGAUCCGCGAGCCUCGCAGUCCUCACGAUCCGACGGCAGCUCAGGCGGCCACAUCUCCUUCGAGCACACCCCGCGUCCGCAACACCCACCCCGGACGGGCUCUGCCCGCUUCACUUUUGGUCGGCGAAAACAGCGCGCAUCCUUAUUUCCCCUUCCCAUGAAAAUCGACCCGCCACAGUUUCCCGACACUGCACCCGCCACCCCCCGCGCCUCCACAGGCGGCCGAAGCUCUGGCUCACCGCACCACUCUCCAACUAGCAGUCCUCCGUUGACAGCUCGGCGCCUCGAGCAUGGCGGAUCAGGAGCGCAGACUCCACCCGUUCCUUCUGCAUCGCAAGUCGCUCUAGCUGCGAACUCUCUGAAUCUGGCCUCACCCGGUCCAGGCUCUCUGUUCCGAAACGAUUCCACAAAAUCUAUCCACUCAGUUCGCUCCUCACCUCACGCUGGAGGUCCCAUCCGACUUGGCAUGCGAGGCCGCUCGUCCACUAUGGGAUCAAUGAGUGCACGCUCCGAUGAUGCUACGCCCCCGACGCCACCCAACGGUGCAAAAGGCGAAACUCCGGGCCACUAUCUGGAGCGAAUUGAGGCCAACAAUCUCGACAAGAGCAUCGUUGCUAGUUACCUCAGCAAGACCGACGACGCCUUUCUUCUGUCCGUGCUGCGCAGUUACAUGCGCAAGUUCGCCUUCUUUGGUGACCCAAUUGACAUGGCCGUACGCAAGUUGCUGAUGCAGGUUGAGCUUCCCAAGGAGACACAGCAGAUCGACCGAGUGCUCCAGGGUUUUGCUGACCGAUAUCACGAAUGUAAUCCUGGUAUCUACACCAACGCUGACAAAGCAUACUUCAUCUCCUUCUCCAUCAUUAUCUUGCACACGGAUGUCUUCAACAAGAACAAUAAGAGAAAGAUGACAAGGCUGGACUAUAUCAAGAACUCUUCGUGCGAAGGCGUCUCCGAUGACGUUCUCGGCUGCUUCUACGACAACGUAGUCUACACGCCUUUCAUCCAUAUCGAGGACGAGGUCGACCUCAAAAACAUAUCAUCGAAAAAGAGCAAAAGGACCGCCGUUCUCAAAGGUCCAAUGAACGAUCCAGCACGGAAGGCCACCAAAGAGCCUAUCGAUCCUUACACCCUGAUCUUCGAGGGCAAGCUAGAUGUUCUCCGCCCUGCGAUCAAGGAAGUCAUGAACAUCGACGAUCCAUACAACUAUCUCGGAACAGCUGCUUCUCUCGACACCAAGAACGUCUACAAACUGUUCACGAGACCCGAAGCUUUCAUGUCAGAAGCCGCCCAGGAGAAUCCACUGGGCACGUCUGUUGGUAUUGUUGAAAUGCCGGUCACAAAGGUCGGAGUAUUGUGGAGAAAGGGAACCAAGCGAAAGAAAGCCCGCUCACCCUGGCAAGAGUGGGGUGCAGUCCUCACACGGUCCGGUCUUUCCUUCUUCAAAAACUCUAGCUGGACGAAGAAUCUCAUGCACCAACACGAGGCACACCAAAAACGAGGAGAAACUGGCCCAGUGCUAUUUCAGCCGCCGUUGGAGGACUUCAAGCAAGACCACAUAAUACCAAUGGACGGUGCGGUCGCCCUUGUUGACACUACUUACAAGAAGCACAAGAACGCAUUCGUCGUUUACUCAAAAGCUGGAGAGGAGACCUUCUUGGCUGAUAGCGAGAAAGAUCUGAAUGAGUGGCUAGGUGUAUUAAAUUACACUGCGGCCUUCGAGACCCUGGGUGUCCGCCCGAGAGGCAUGAUAGGGGGGUUGUACGAAGGGCAGAAGAACCGUGGUAUCCGUCGUCUAGAGUCUGCAAACUCGGUCAAGUCAAUUUCCACAUCCACUGGAGAGGUGACUGUUCAGAGUGGAAAGAUUGACAGUCAUUUCGCACAACAAAUGGCUAAUGCUAGGAGAGAGACGAUGCAGAUACGAAUACUGGAGUCUGAAGAGAAGCUUGCACAACGCAUUAAAGAGCUCGAGGCUCGAUUACGGGACGCGAGACACCUUCAAAUCCUUGCUCCAAUUCAGCCAAAGACUAGAGAACAAGUCAUACACGCUGCCGGGCGUCUAUCCGCGAAGCUGAAAUGGGCGCGUAUAGAAAUCUGGCGCAUGAAGUGCCAUCGUGAUACACUCGCACACGAACUAGAAGACGAAAAGCAAGGCGCCGCAGAACGGCAGGCACGGAUUGACAAGGUACCAGAGUUUGGACCAGUACCCCAGCAGCAACUCAGCCCGCAGCAAUCACACAGAGGAUCUAAGAUCAGCAGCCUUGCUCGACUCACCUCCAAGACAAGCUCGCUAACCAGUGGGCCUAAGCCACCGCCGUCACCAAGCCUAUCAGUACGUCCCGGCACCAAGUCGUCUAGGGACACUGACUUUGCGGGAGACGAUGCCUUCAAGACGCCGCCGGAGACAUCUCGCCAGUCCAGCCCGAAUGAUCCAUCAGGAAGGUUCCACCCUCCGCCCAUGUCGUUCAGCUCGCGGGCAUCGGAACGUCGGAGCUCAGUAGCUAGCUCCUCUGCACCCACACAAUCCCCGCGACUGCUUCCGUCCGAACAUCGCCCGUCAAUUGUAACCACCGACGACGGUACUGGAACAGUUGACUCCGACUCCGACUCGGACGAUGAUUCACGCUAUACUACACCACCACCCAUUGAGUCAGGUUCAACUGAGCCGAAGACACCCGAGUUGCCAUCUUUGGACGGCAUGCGUCCUGAUGCCACAACUGAGUCCGAUGCCGACCAGGGGCUUGGUUCGGCUGCAGGUUCACCAGCAUCACAUACAAAGCAUAGACGAAGCUUACAUCGCACCCUGCGAGAGACUUCGCACCGCCGUAGCCACAAAGGCAGGGACUCGGCAUCAACAAUUGUUAGCGAAGAUUCUCCGGAAAAUGAAGGCUUGACGCGAGACAAGGGCAGCUUCACAGUGCAUGGCAAGAAGGCAUCUGUGAUCCAAUUUGGUAGUGAUUGGCACAACACCACUGCUGAAGAGCGACUGAAGAGGAAGAAGGAGCUCCAAGAAGCUGCAGAGGCACUUGCUGCUGACGACAGGGAUGCGAACAGCGUCGUCAGUGGUGGCACAGCCGGAAUGGAACCAGGCGAGGACCUAGCGCCUCGCAAACUAUCAAUCGGAGCUGUGAAGCAGCGACAUACGUCCGCACAAACAAUUACGCCAGCAAGCUACAAAGAGUCUCUUGAGGAGCAAAACGACAACCAUAGCGAUGAUUCCGAAAUGAGCGAUAUUGCCGAGGAGUCUCACGAACGAUUGUCCGCAGAACAAGCUGCAAACAAGCAGAAAGAAGUCCCAACUAAGAUCGAUGUCUUCGUAGAGGGCAGCCUAGCACCACCACACGUCACAUCUCCUCUCACGACGAACUUGGUACAGAUGUAG